CCUCUACCACUUGUCCGCUCCACAUUCCCACGGACGGCUUGGCAAAAAUACCAUCACUAGCUCCCUCGUCGCGCCAUGCUGCUUACCCAUAUAACCGCCAGCAAAUCCUCAUUCCUGAUCUCACCACCUCUCCCCUGUCUCCCCCGCGGCACGACAGCAGCACGCCAUGGGCAUGGGCACCGCUCCCACUGACCCGCCCCGCUCCAUCAACCUGUCGGCCUGCGUGCCCACCUCCCCCUCGUGGCCGCCGGCCGGCCGGCAGCGCGGCACCGCCGCCGUCGUCGUCCGGCGGCUGCAGCUCGCGGCGCGCGACGCCAUCCCGGGCGUCGGCUGGUGCGGCCACCGCGCCUGGCGGAAGCUGCUCAGGCGGCUGGCGCAGGAGACCAGGUGCGUCUGCAGCCCCUCCUCGUCGGGGGCCGCCUCCAGGUCCCGGCCCAUCACGUUCGGCUACGACGCCGCCAGCUACGCCAAGAACUUCGACGACGGACGCCGCCCCGCGCCCUACGGCGCCGUCGUCGUCGCCAGCGCCGGCGAUAAGUCGGCCGGCAGCUGAUCCCACCACCCCCCUUUUUUGAUCUCGUGGUUGCUUAAUUAGUGCCCGCCGAUGCGCGCCCGUUUUGUGGUGUAUUUUGCUUCCUUUUUUCGUUUCCAGCAGACACAUCAUCGGCCAACGAUGAUACUAUCCGAUCGGCGCUGUAAUGCCGCACCAAUGCCCAAGGCCCCCCUACGUAUUUUUGUAAUUUGUACAUAGAUUGGAGAUAUAACAUGAGCGGAGUUCGGCGAAAUGCUGGCUCUGCAUUUUUGGUUUA